UUUCUUCUCUCUCAAUCUUCGUCCCAAAUCUCCAAUAUCGUUUCCCGGCGAGAUUCCGAUAACAAUGGAAGACGGAGCAGUGGAGAUACAACGGGAAGAGCAACGUGUGAGACGUCGUGAAGAGAUUCGUCGCUUAACUGUUCGUUUAUUCGUAGCGGUGGCGCUCGUUCUAAUAAACGGAGUAUGCAAACGCGCAGCGGGUUUCGACGAAAGUUCAGAUCCGAAUAAGGGAACAGAGAACAGAGACGCGGCGUUCUACUGGGCGUCGAAGUUGAAUAGGAUAGCUCAUAACUCUUUUAUCCUCGAGAUUUCGUAUAUCUUUAUCUCGUUGCCGUGGUUGGAGUUGGCACCAUGGAUACCGAUGCGAAGUCAGAGGCAGCUUGAAUCCAAUAUUCUGUUUUCAUUGGGUUUUACUUCAUGAUGAUCUCCCUCUACCUUCGUUGGUUUGUUUGCGCUUAGUACUACUACUUCUUCUUCUACUCUAA